AUGGGCAUUUGCAAUUCGAAAAAACAUAUUUAAAGUACUAUGAACACUAAUCCAACUUCAUAAUAUUCAUCCAAUCCUUCGAUUCUAUAAAAAAUAACUAAUCAAAAAGAAAGCUAUUAAAAACCAAAUAGGAAUUUUAUUGUUUCUUCCGAACCUUAAAAUUAUGAUCCAAAAAGUAACUAAUUUUUCUUAUAAAAGAUCCUCAUCGAUAAUUUAAUGUACUUAUAAAUGGAGUCAGAUUUGAAAUCAUUAAUUCGAUAGAAGACUGUAUUAUUUCAAAUGAAGAAAUUGAAGAGUGA